AUGUCGUGCUACUGCCGGCCCAAGUACAAGAGCGGCGACCUGGUGUUCGCCAAGCUGAAGGGCUACGCCCACUGGCCAGCCCGCGUCGAGCACAUGGCCGAGCCCAACCGCUACCAGGUGUUCUUCUUCGGGACCCACGAGACGGCCUUCCUGGGCCCCAAGCACCUGUUCCCGUACGAGGAGUCCAAGGAGAAGUUCGGCAAGCCCAACAAGCGCCGGGGCUUCAGCGAGGGGCUGUGGGAGAUCGAGAACAACCCCACCGUGCGGGCCGCCGACUACCAGCUGGCGCCGGAGGAGCGCGGCGCGGACCGGCCCGGGCCGCAGCCGGAGGCCAGCGCGGGCGACAGGGCCGGCCGCAGCGACCAGCCGGGGAAGCCGGGCGGCGACGGGCCGGCCGAGGAGCAGGCUGAGCGGGCGCCGCCCAAGCGGGGCGCGGGCGAGCUGCCCGAGGGCUCCCCCAAACGCCCCCGGGAGGCCGAGCCCGAAGCGGGGGCGCAGCCGCCGCAGCAGGAGCCGCAGCAGGAGGAGGAGGCCGCCGCCGCGGAAGGGGCCGCGCCGCCCGUCGUAGAGCCGGAAACCUGCGGCGCCGCGGCCCAGCCGCCCCCGGAGGUCCCCGAGCAGCGGGGAGAGGCCGCGGCCGUCGAGGCGCAGGCCCCGGUUGGCGGAGAGCGCGACAGCCCGUAG